AAGAGCUUUGGAGGAUAAACUUUCCGAACAAACAAAAUAUCUGGAAACUUUAUCUCAAAAAUACGAUUCGCUUAAGGAGAAGAUGGACAACUACGAUGUGCUUGAAGAAAAAGUUUAUCUUUUGGAGCGAGAAAGGAAAGAAAGCAGAGACACGAAGCAGCAUUUGGAAGAAAAAAUUGAACGUUUUCACGCAGAAAAAGAGGAAUUGUCACAAAUGAACGAAACUAAUACUAUGGUUAAUACAAAUCUUGAGAAUGAAAUUUCUAAGCUUAGAGAAGACAGAGAUAGAUUUGAAAAUCAGUAUGUCACUCUGCGAAGUGAAAAAGAAUCUUUAGUUGAGGAACUUACUAAACGAUUCAGUGUUUUGGAUGAACAGAAAAGCACAUUAACACUAGAGAAAAACGAAUUGGAGACAAAACUGAAAACGUUUGAAAAUGAGAACAAGGAUUUGAAGCUCAAGUUGGAUAGCACUGCACAGGAAUUGAAAGGUUUGAAAGAAACUGCUAAGCAAAAUGCAGAAGAAAAGGACGUAGAUGAAAUGGAAAGAGAGUUAACAAAGAUCAAGAAACAGAAGGAUGAAGCCGAGAAAACUUGUGAAGAUUUGGCUUCCAAACUUAGCAAAGCUUACGCAGAAUUGGAACAAGGAAAGCCAUCAUUAAACAAUGAUGGAGUGCAAGUGGAUCAGCAAGAGGAAAUUUCCACUCUGCAAGAAAAGGUGACGUCACUUGAAAGAGAGAGGGACAGCCUGGAAGACGAUCUGGACGACAGGGAAGCUGAAAUUGACGAACUGAAAAAGAAAAUUGAACAACUAGAAACGGACAACAAAGCAAAAGAUAGCGAAAUUCAGAAUCACAAAGCAAAUUUAGACUCUACAAAUGAGGAAAUUAAGUCGUUACGAUUAAAAAAGAACGAGGCUGAUUCGAAAAAGCUUAGAGAAGCUGAAGUUGAUUUUGACAAGAGAGUCAAGGAUUAUGAUGCUAUGGUUGAUAAGCUUGCGAAGGAAGUUUCAGCUCUGCAAGGAAAACUUUCAGCGGCAAAUCAGAAAAACAAAGAUUUGGAGGAAAAGGUGAAAUCGAGCAUGCAGGUUAAGCAUGGCGAAGCUAUUCUGGAAAACGAAAUCGUUGUAAGGAGCGAACAUCAGCUAGAAAAUGCUUCAAUGAGCUUCGAUGAAGAACAACUGCUUGAAAGCGGAGAGAAUGGUCAAGUUGAAAGUAUUUCAUUUGAAGGAGGGGUUAACGGUGCCUUCCUCAACAAAAGAGAAAGCGAAAGGAACAUGACGCUGAAGAAAGACUUCGAUGAAUUGAAGAUGCUUUUAGAGGAAGCAGAAACGAAGUUGGCGAAAGAAAGAGAGAAAAUUCGCACAUUGGAAGAUGAGCUCCACAAUUUCGAAGUAGAGAAAAAGAGAGGACUGAAGAUGUAUCGGGAGCUGGAAGAAGAAUGCAACAGGUUGCGAGAGGAGUUGAAUGACAAUGAAUCAUCUCAGAGCCAAGUGGAAGUUCGGCUGCGAGAAAAGCUAAGAACAAGAUUGAAGAAUAAAGAGGAAGAGAUCGAGGUUUUGAGCAAACGGUUUGACUCACUUAGGAAGGAGGUGCAAGUGAUCAAAGAAGAGAGAGAUAAAGGGAACACACUUUAUGUGAACCUCGCCGAGAAGUACAAGAAUCUAUUGAAAGAGAACAAGAGUUUAGAGCAGGAAAAACAGGAACGGGAUCAAAGGGAUGGCAAAUCUCGCGAGCUGGAAGACUCUCUUCAAACAAGAAUUCAAGAGGUGAUAAAGAUGAAAGAUGAAAUCGAAUCAAUGAGGGACAACUUACGCGUUCUUGUGCAAGAGAAGGAAGAAGGUAUGAGGGAAUACAGUUCGCUUCAAAAAGAUCUUGCUAAGUUAAAAAGUGACCGCCAACAACUGGAAGAACAAAUCCAAGAUGAAAUGCAACGCGCUGAUAAACUAGAGAAGGAACGUUCUUCUCUGCAAGGAAAGGUCGAGGAGAUGCAGAAGGACUUGAAUAAGCGAGAUCUGGUGGCUGCGGCAGACAAGAAGACAAUCAACACCUACGCCGAUGAAAUUAAAGUUCUUAAAGAUGAGAAAGGGAACGCUCUUACAGAGGUAGAAAAGCUUAGGAAACAAAGCAAUAAUCUGCUUCAGGAUCUGGAGAGAAUGAGCCAAGAGAGAGAAGAGAUUGAAACUCUUAAAAUGGAAAAGCAUAAGGCGCUGAAAGAAAUUGAGAUUUUGAGAAACGAAAAUGCACGUCUUGAACAAAAAGGUGACGAAUUCGACCAAAUAGCGGCCGAUCUUAACAGUCUCAGAGAAGAGAAGGUCAUUGGACUCAGACAACUGGGGAUUUUAAGAGAAGAAAACGAAGCUCAAAUAAACAAAGCAAUGGAAGACGUGGAAGAUCUUAAAAUCGAGAGAGAGAAUGCGAUAAGAGAAAUCGAGAUUUUACGAGGUGAAAAUCAACUCCUUCUUCAAAAAGUGGACCAGUUCGACAAAAUGAGGAGAGAUUUUGACAGUCUUAAAGAUGAUAUGGAAAAUAUGAACAGGCUAAAGGAGGAUGUUUACGCUCUGAAAACUGAAAAAGAGAAUGCACAGAAAGAAAUCGAGAUUUUGACUAAUGAAAAUGAACUCCUUUUUCAAAAAGCGGACCAGUUCGACAAAAUGAGGAGAGAUUUUGACAGUCUUAAAGAUGACUUAGAAAAUACGAGCAGGCUAAAGGAAGAUGUUACCGCUCUGAAAACGGAAAAAGAGAACGUGGAAAAAGAAAUCGAGAUUUUAACUAAUGAAAACGAACUUCUUCUUCGCAAGCUUGACGAAUUCGAGCAAAUACGAGAGGACCUCGACAAACUCAAAGACGAGAAAGUGAUUGGAUUGAGAGAAAUGGAUAUUUUAAAAGAUGAAAAUGAUGCCCUCCAUGAGGAACUUAGGACAAUGAAGCAAAGCGGAGAAAUUGAAGAGAAUGAAACUUUAAAGAAAGACAACGAAACUCUGCUUCGACAACAAGAAGAAAUCAAAAGAGUGAAUUCAGAUUUAAAAACUGCUGCAAAUGAAAAAGAAAAAGUUUCCAAAGAGAAUGAAACACUAAAGAAAGAACGUGAAAUCCUAAUGAACAGAAUAGAGGAUUUAACUGAGAACAACGAAGAUUGUAGUGUGUUAAGAGACGAGAAACGUAGCCUGUUGAUAGAGUUGGACAGAUUAAAUCACGAGAAUGAAACUCUGCUACAGGAAUUUGAAAACGUUAAGGCAGCGAAAGAUAUUUUAGAAAGAAAGAAGCAAGCCCUGACAAACGACUUCGAAAGAACAAGGGAAGAUCUUCAAACCUUGAAAAACCAUAAUGAAAUCCAGUUGAGCGAAUUGGACAGCUUGAAAAAGGAAAAUGAAGCUCUUUUGGCUGAGCUUAACUCAUUUGAAAACAUCAAACAGGAUCUUAGAACCUGCCAACACGACAAGCAACGUCUUCACAAAAAUUAUCGAGACCUCGAAGUCAGCUUGGAAAACCAAGCACUGGAAGCUAUGAGACUUAAAAAGGAAACAACAAUUCUGAAGAAAAAGAAUGAAGUACUGACGAAGGAUCUUCAACGUCUUCAAAAUAACAAGUCUCCUUUAGAAAAACAAAUUUCGACUCCUGUCAAUGCCGAGAUGACGGAAACAGAAGCGAACUGCGAUCAAAACGCUGAUGAAACUGCAACGUCAAAAGGAAUGAAGAAAAAUGAAACUCACAUUCUUAAAGAAAUGAUUGGCGAAGCCAAGGUUAAGGAAGAAAAAACCAGCAAAGUCAAGGAAAACGUUGGAGAAGUCGAGGCUUUGAAACAAGAAAUCGGUUUCCUUCAGAACGAAGUAGAAGAUUUGAGCGAAGAACAUAAAGAGCUGUUGCAGUCUUAUAACGGGUUGCAGAAAGAAAAUGGCCGCUUGAAAGAGGAAUUAAGCGCCCUUGAGAAGUGUAUGGAGACUAAAUCCAAAGAUCAAGAAAAGAUAAUUCUGGAAAACGCUCAAAUACGAGAUGAGUUGAGACGUUUAAGAGAGGAAUAUGAUUCACAAAAGCUAAAACUAGAACACGCAGAAAGAGAAAUCCAAGAUUUCGCUAAAGAAAAUGAGGAACUACAUCAGAAUCACAUUGACUUGGAAGAAAGGUACGGGCGCAUCCGAAAACUAAACAGAGAAUUGGAAGAAGAUGUUGACAUCGAAAGAAAAUACCACGCAGAAGUGAAGAGCCGUAACGCGGAACUUAAAAAAGAAAAUGCCCAUCUAAGACAGCAUAUUGCAAAGUUACACCAGGAAGUUGACAAGCUUCAAGAAGCCUCCGAGACUAACCGUCGGGAUCAAGGUGACGAGAACAAAAAAGCUCCUCAAUUGGAGAAGAAGAAAAGCCUUGUUCAAAUGAAGAAGGAGGAAUUACAGGCAAGAGUGGCUGGAGAGAAGCCGAAGAGUUUUGGAGACGAGAACCGGAAGCUGAAGAGUCGCGUGGACAGCGUGAAUGAGAUUCACAAAGCGAAGCAACACGAAGGUGAGAGGACAAUAGCAUCGCUUGAAAAAGAAAUAAAGAAUCUUAGGUCCUCGAAAGAGCGAGUGGUCGCAUUAGAAAAAGAGUUGAAACAACUUCAAGAGAAACUGGAUUUAGAGGCAAAAAACGGGGACAACAAAGAAGAAGAGAUAAAGCAGAAAAAGAAAGAAAAUGAUUCUUUGAUCUACGAAUUGGAAAGCACUCGCCACAGGCUUGUCUCGAAUGUUCUUAAUCCUUUAGAAGAAGCAAACCUUCCAUGGGCGUUAAAUGUCACGGCUGCUGAUAUUUCGGCGGGAAAAAAUAAGAGCAAGGCGUGGUCGAACAUCAAGGAGAAUAUUGUAGCUCUCAUCCGGGACCGUGAGAGACUCGCAAUUGAGAACACGUUUCUGCAGCAAGCGCCUUCUCGAAUGAGUGAGGAAGCUCAAGAAACAAGCAAAGAAUGCCAGGACUUGACGAAGGAGAGAAGAGAAAGUAUCCAGAGCUUGGAAGGAAUUUCCGACAAAGACAUCUUAAGCAAAAAACAAGAUCUAAACGUUCUUCACGACAAAAUUGCCGCAGACAAAGAAAACCUGGCGUCAAUUCAGAAGAGAAACAAACAAUUGCUCCUUCAAAUUGAGCUGAUGAAGCGAAUGCAGCAUACUGCUGAUCAAGAACGAGACAAGCUUGCGGCUCAGAAAAACCUCUUCGCUGCGACGGAAAGCAGGCUGGCACAGUUAAAGCUUCGUAGAUUUCAGUCUGUAGAGAGUGUUUCAUCCAUCAAACAUGGAGGUAGUCUUGAGCAGCAGGGCAUGGACCCCAUUCACGAUUUCUUGCAAGAGGACGACAUUGCGAGCAAACAGUCGCAAGAGCUAACGACGCAGUGGUCUGGAAAAGAAGAAGAUGAACCCUCAAGAGAGGAACAGCUGGAAGUUACGAGGGAGUUGGUAAAGAAAAACCGACAAAUAUUCGAGCUGGAGCAGGAGGUCGACGUGUUGCUAGCAAAGAUCGAAGAAUCCUCUUGUGAACAACCAACGAAGGAAAAAAUGUCUUCCGAUGUAGAAAAUUUCAAACUGGAAAUACUGCGACUUGAAGGUGAAAACAAGAGGUUGAAAGAACUUGCUAACGAUCCCUUGCUUGCAUCGUCGCAGAAAAAAAUCGAAACCUUAGAAGCCAUGAAUAACUUCUUAAAAAGCGAGAAAGAAGAAUUGGUUCUGGAACUUGCUGCUAAAAAUAAGAAAAUCGAGAUUUUGGAAAGGCGUGUGAAGGAGCUGACUGAAAUGAGAACAAGCGCGGUCAAUGGAUCGAAAAAUGGAAUGUGUGACGAGGCUGAUGACCAGAUCAAUGAACUAGACGUACAGCUCAGGAAGACAAAACACAGAGUAGCUGAACUGGAGGCCGAGCUUGAACACUCUAACAACAGCUAUAACUCCAGACUGAGGAGAGAGCUGGACGAGAUAGAGGCUAAGUGGACAAAACGACUCAGGAAAGAAUGCAUGGAGCUUCAGUCAGAGUUGUCAGAGAAACACAACAAAGACAAACAACAGUGGCAGAAGAAGGAAGUGGAGCUACAGAACAUAAUUCGUCAAAUGAAAAUCGUGAUGGACAAGAGACUAGGACAAGCCGAAAUUGAACGGCGGAGACUGGAACAGCUGGUGAGUUCAAGAUCGUCCAGUUUCCAUGGCAGCACGGUUAGCCUCGAUUCCAAUUCCGAUGAUUCAGGGGAAAGUCCGACUCCAAAGCCAGAGACAAGUAGCGACAUGCCUCAGCCGACCGGUGAGAAAGCCGAGCUUGAACACUCUAACAACAGCUAUAACUCCAGACUGAGGAGAGAGCUGGACGAGAUAGAGGCUAAGUGGACAAAACGACUCAGGAAAGAAUGCAUGGAGCUUCAGUCAGAGUUGUCAGAGAAACACAACAAAGACAAACAACAGUGGCAGAAGAAGGAAGUGGAGCUACAGAACAUAAUUCGUCAAAUGAAAAUCGUGAUGGACAAGAGACUAGGACAAGCCGAAAUUGAACGGCGGAGACUGGAACAGCUGGUGAGUUCAAGAUCGUCCAGUUUCCAUGGCAGCACGGUUAGCCUCGAUUCCAAUUCCGAUGAUUCAGGGGAAAGUCCGACUCCAAAGCCAGAGACAAGUAGCGACAUGCCUCAGCCGACCGAUUGCCUCAGCGAUCGGGAGCUCCGGCGAGUUGCAUACAAACUAAACGGUGAGGAGUGGUCUCAGCUGGGAACCUUCCUGGGUGUGGGAGACAAGGACCUCGUGCAACUCGGUGGCCUCAGCAUGGGACCUCAGGAGAAAGCUUUUCGACUGCUGUGUGUGUGGAGAACCCGCUGCAGACUGGGUCGAGCUCAGAUGAUCUCACAGCUGGCUGUGUCAUUGGAGGAAGUAAGCCGCAAAGACGUGGCUCAGUUUGUUUUAGAGCAAUUCAUGUCUGGAAAACCUAGAAAGAAAUUUUUCGGGUGGUAAACUGCACAGGACUACCAAACUUGUGCCCCCGCGUGAUAAGCCCGUGAAUCGCACCUGAUCAACAUGCGAAGCUCUCGUGAAAAUACACUCGUGACCACUAAAGUCACUUUUUGACUUGUAGUAGAUGUUCUUAAUUACCAGAAAGGGGUUUCGUGUUUUCUAUUGCUCCAUAUUCAACCAUUAUUUAAAUUAAAUCUCUUCAGUCGGGAAAACCAAUACCUCGUUUGCCAAAUCGUCGUUUGAAGCCGUUUGAAGACUUCCGAGUGGUAUUAUCCAAUCAAAACUAGCGUCAGACCUUAGGGGUUCUUCCAAGAGAGUCACCCCAGCAGGGAGAAAUAAGAAAAAGGUCAUGUUGCAAGGCAACGUUAGUUGCGAGAACCGCGGGCUCAGUAAAUUUUCGUAGACCGGAAAACGACGGCAGCUAUUAUUUGUUUCCCUGACUGUGUUUAUUUUUUUGUAUUUAUUUAUAGACUUAGCGUGACAACAGUCACGCGUGACAUGUGUCACAUAAAUGCCGCGAUACAAAUCGAAAAGUAUACCUUAGUACAAAAGUGAUCAGACAAAACGGAGCAAAAUAUUUCUUUAUUUUAUAGCUGUUUAGAAGCGAAAGUCUUGGUACAUUUAACAUAUACAUUUAACAAACUACACCAAGAUAGCUAGCAGCAUAUAUUUAAACUUAAUGAAUGUACAUGAAAUAAAUUAUAUUUAAUCAGUCAAUUUGUAAACAACGGUUAUUCCUAACUUUAAAAAAAAAAAUCGUUUGAUUGAUUACAACUCUGAAAAUAUUCAUAAAUUUAGAAAACAAUUGAAUGGGAAUAAAGAUAUCAAAAGGAGCUUUUUGAA